AUGUCUUAUACAAAGGGAACAUGGGACACUGGAGCUCAAAUUCGUGAACACAAACUCGCAACAUCUAUUAUCAACCUACAUGGAACCGAGGACUGUGUUUUUGAUGAUAUGUCAUUGAAUCUACUCAAAAGAUUUGUCCUCGGCCGAUCUGAAGAGAGACGAAAUGAAAUCUUGUCAGAACGCGAAUGGCUUGAUGAGGAUGGUAAACCAUCAAGUACAGCUCUUGAGAGAGAUGGAAGUCUCGUUGGAUAUCUCAUCGCCAGAUAUGGAACCAAAGACGCAGCGUUGGAUGACAGAGAUUGGGAGUUGCUUGACGAAUGGAUGGUCAAAGGGAUGCCAUCGGGUCAAAAUGUUCAACGUUGA